UCAUUGUUUCGCGCGCUUUCGACCGUCGCUGUCAACAGCGGCGCGUCCGGAAACUUUCGUUUUUUUUUAAUUUCAAAUAUUUAUUUCGGCAAAGGACUGCAUACAUUCAGCCUAAUAAUGAUAAACAAAUGACGAAAUACAACUAGAUAGAAAGAAUUAAAUUAAAUUAAAAGUGUUGAUGUUUAAAUGUAUUUUAUUCUAAAAAUUCGUUAGGAAAUCUAGCUACAAUAAUUAUAAAAAUAUGUAAAUUAAUUAUAGAUAAUAGAUAAGUGUUUUAAGUGAAAAUGGCGGCUGACAGAUUGUUGUGGAUGUCUUUGCUGUUAAUUCGUCUGUGGUUAGGAGCAGGCGAUCUUUGCUAUGCACAGUCAACGCUGGUGGCCUUCCAGGACCUCCUCCCUGAGGAUCCACGCCUCUACGACAAGAUGAGGCCCCCCAAGAAGGACGAUCAGCCCACCAUCGUCAACUUCCAUGUCACCGUCAUGGGACUAGACUCUAUCGAUGAAAACUCCAUGACGUACGCCGCUGACAUAUUCUUUGCUCAAACGUGGAAAGACUUUCGGCUGAGACUGCCGGAGAACAUGACCACUGAAUACAGGCUGCUGGAGGUGGACUGGCUGAAGCAGAUGUGGCGGCCGGACUCCUUCUUCAAGAACGCCAAGUCGGUGACCUUCCAGACCAUGACCAUCCCCAACCACUACGUGUGGCUGUACAAGGACAAGACCAUCCUGUACAUGGUGAAGCUCACGCUGAAGCUGAGCUGCGCCAUGAACUUCCUCAUCUACCCCCAUGACACGCAGGAGUGCAAGCUGCAGAUGGAAAGCUUGUCCCACACAACAGACGACCUGAUCUUCCAGUGGGACCCCGAGGUGCCGCUGGUGGUGGACGAGAACAUCGAGCUGCCUCAGCUGGAGCUCGUCCAGAACAGGACAGCUGACUGCACGCAGGUGUACUCCACUGGAAAUUUCACUUGUCUCGAGGUGAUAUUCAAGCUGAAGCGUCGCCUGGGAUACCAUUUGUUCAACACUUACAUACCUACUUGCCUCAUUGUUAUUAUGUCCUGGGUCUCCUUCUGGAUAAAGCCGGAUGCCGCGCCCGCGCGAGUGACGUUGGGCGUGACGUCACUGCUGACGCUGUCCACCCAGCACGCCAAGUCGCAGGCGCAGCUUCCUCCCGUGUCGUAUCUGAAGGCUGUUGAUGCCUUUAUGUCUGUGUGUACUGUUUUCGUGUUCAUGGCAUUGAUGGAGUAUUGUUUGGUCAAUAUCAUCCUUGACGAUAGAGGUGGGAAGCCAAAAGAGCCAGCAGAAGCGGCCAAGGCCAGGAUGCGCGCAGUCAGCAUCGACCGCUUCUCCCGCGUCUUCUUCCCACUCCUCUUCGCAGUCCUCAACGCCACCUACUGGAUACAGUUCGCGCAGUACAUCUGAUUGACUUGAACGACACUUCUGUGUCCCUACCAACCGGGAAAGGAAUACAUCAAUAGAAUUGUUUAGAAUAACAGGGAUCUUAGAUUUUAGUAUUAAGUGUACCUAAAACACAUGAAUAAUUUAAGAACUUAAGUAUACAUUUGUUAUCUAACAAAUUUUGAGAAUUAGUUUGGUCAGUGAUGAAAACCGAGCGUUAAAGUCGUAAUCAUCUCAUCCAUUGCUUUACAUAAUCCAUCUGUAAGAACUUUAGACAUCAUAGUCUUGAUCUGCUUAUUAGUAUCAACGACUUCUUGUCUUGAUCUUCUUCUUAUUAUUAUUAUCAAUAACUUCUUAUAGUGUGCAAUGUGUAAUGAAAACUGGGAAUAUAUAUAUAUAUAU